AUGGCGCUUUGGUCGCGGGCGGAGGAGCAACUGCAGCAGGCCUUGGAGGAGACUGGGAAGCCUUGGAGCCUGAAGAAGGGCGAUGGCGCCUUCUACGGCCCCAAGAUCGACAUCCAGCUCCAGGACGCCCUGGGCCGCGGCCACCAGCCGGGGGCCCUUUCGCGGGGAGGAGACACGGCGGGGGGUUGGAGUUUGGACUGCGGCCGGGGUUUUGCCAUAAAUAACUAA